AUGCUCAGCUACGGGGCACGGCAGGUCAAUCCGACAGCAACUACUGUGGGCAGUCAAGACCUCCAUUCACUGCAGCAAGAGCAGCCCUACGUGAAGAUACACAGGGAAUCGCAGGAGGCCGCUGCCCUUUCAAAAAGUGAGUGUAAGCAACUGGUUAAGGGUUUUUUUUUUUUUUGCCUUAGGACUUCUCCGCGGCUGCUCUGUGUAGCAACACAACAGAAAAAUACCGGCCAGAACUUGGAAGAGGACCAGAGUCAGAGUCAAAAUGAGCAGAAGGCUGAGCCGAGCUCUGCAGAGAAAAUGCUAGCUGAAGAAAAGGGUAAACUGGAAGAACAACUAAAAGAAGUUACUGACAAGUACAAGCGAGCCUUGGCAGAUGCAGAAAACGUGAGGCAAAGAAGCCAGAAACUGGUAGAAGAGGCAAAGUUAUAUGGAAUUCAAAGCUUCUGUAAGGACUUACUAGAAGUUGCUGACAUUUUGGAGAAAGCAACAGAAAGUGUUCCAAAAGAAGAAAUUAAGGAUGAAAAUCCUCAUCUGAAGAGUUUAUACGAAGGUCUCGUCAUGACAGAAGUACAGAUUCAAAAAGUGUUCAAAAAACAUGGCCUGCUCAGACUGAAUCCUGUCGGCGCCAAGUUUGAUCCCUACGAACAUGAAGCGUUGUUCCAUGCUCCUAUGGAAGGGAAGGAGCCUGGCACUAUUGCAUUAGUAUCCAAGAUUGGCUAUAAGCUGCAUGGGCGUACACUGCGGCCUGCCUUGGUGGGUGUCGUGAAAGACGCUUAGCUGCUUAAUUUGAGAAUUUAAAAUGCCAUACAACUAUUUAACAGCUGGAUGGUUUUUUUCUCUUACAUCGUGCUUUCGUCCUUCCUCUAUCCCCUGAGAGAGGUUUAAAUGAACCAGUUGAGAUCUUCCCCAUGAAAAUGAAGCAAACAAUGAAAUAGGGGCCUUCAACAUCAGUGCUCUAUAAGCUCUAUUCUUAGGUAUGAAAUACAAAAGCCAAUAGGUUCUUUGAUGCUUUGGAUAUCAUUUAACAGUGUCAUUGCUACUGAAGGUGCAUUAAAUUGGGAGGAAAAAAGUGCUCAUGAGAAUUCUUAAAUCUUAUGUUUGUCACUAUCCAGAGUGGAAAGCCAAACAGUUGUUCAAACGCGUCUUCUGUUAUAUUAGUUCCUACCAAACAAGAAGUGGGUGAAGUAGUACAAAUAACCAGUUUUCUGCAAGUGUCCACCAGCUUUCACUUGCUGAUGUGAUAAAUGCUUUUUUUUUUUUUUUGGUAAUAUGUCUAUUCAGAAGUAGAGCCUCUCUCAAUAACUGAAAUUGCAACCUUUGUGAAUUCUGACCUGUAAGAAAAAGGCAAGGGAGAGUAGACGUCUUUUGUAAUUGUUCAAUCCUUUUUGUUCUAUAUUAAAGUUGUCUCAAGAAAACCAUCUAAUACUUGUAUAGCAUUGAAGAACUUACACAACUUACUUAUCCUAUCUCUGGAUUUUUAAUUUAAUUGAAUAUUGUAUAAAUUGGUUUAAACAAUUUUGAUAGUCUUGUAACUUCCAAGCAUUAGAACCAGUUUGUUAUGCAAACUGUAGUUACAGUCCUGCUGACAAAUCUGAAUAGCCAAACAAGUGAAUAGCUGAGUUUGAUACCUAUUAUCUUCCAGAAUUACAUAAAUACUUUUAAGUGGCUGAAACAAAAGUGUGAACUCAAUUUCAUCUCCAUUUCUUGGGUUUACUCUUCCAGGAUCUUAAGUUUCAACAUAACUUUUCCCAGAUGCAGCUUUUGCCAUGUUUAUCUGCUCUUUAUCUGCUUGUUCCUACUUCUGCAGAAUCAGGCUAAAAUACAAACAUACCUUAUUAAUUGAUUGCAUUAUACUUCAGUUGUGUGAUCACCUCAGUAGGUGUGGAUGGAGUUUGCCAAAUCAUACAACUGACAAAGCAUCUGUGUUCCCACAUCCUCAAAGUUCGUUCAUUAACACAUAGGCUAGAAACAUCAAACUUCUGCACAUUAUUAAAGCAUGGUAAACUAACAGUUAAGUAUGUCUGAAUUUCCACCCUCCCUUCUAGUUCCUGCUUGUCUUGAAUUAAGGUGCUUCUUACCUUGAGUAUUGCUUUUGAGAAAUAUGCAAAGUUGCCAAUAGCUGCUCAUGAUGAGAAGUGAUUACUUCCUCUUUUAAGUCUUUUUUCAUGUUGGUUUGCUGCAUGGCAAUCAACCAGUUAUGUGAGAAUAACUUAAGUAUUUACUGCCUCUCAUUUUGAGUUUAAUGUAUUUUAAGGCUUUAGUUAUUUCUUCCUCAACUCCAAGAAGCAAAAUCAAUGCUUUGACUAGGCAGAGGAGAGAGAAUAAUUAUCUUUUGCAUGUGCAAAGACAACUCAGCAAUGUUAAACUUCUUGCAAACUAGGAAGUAGUUUAAUCAAGUACAGGGAUGAAAAUGCAAAGAAAGACUGGUGUAAACAAACAUAGAGGAAGAGCUGGUUUUGGAAGCUCUUAGUGUUAGCGCAUGCUUGUGGGUGUGUGAAGUAGGACUGAGCAAAUGUUUUUGUUGUACUUUGAUUGGGACCACUGCUUUUAUGUUAUGCUGUGCCUUAAGAGACUUUUGCCUUGUAAAAACUGCCCCCCCCCAAAAAAAAAAAAUCUGAUUUAAACUAAACUCAGUAAUAACUACAGUUAUAAAUUAUAGUAUAAUUUUUUUUCCCCCCAUAGGACAGUUAGGACUAAUAGCCAGCUUUGGCCACAGCAGAUCAAGAUAUGUUCUUUGUCAGCUUCCCAGCUUCUUGCCCAGAGUAGUUUUAGACUUUACUCCAUUCAGAAUGUAGCUAAACACUGCUAGAUGCUACUAAUCAGACCUUCAUUUUGUAGGAGCUGCCCUUCUUUCUCGUUACUGAACGCCUCAUUUAAGUAGUUCCUUCUCCUAGGCUUGCCUGUUCAGCUAUACUUUCAGCAUGGACUGCUUCAGAUUUUACUGAGCACUCAUAGCACUUGUGUACUCUGCUGUAGACAACAGUAAGCAGCACAGAGGAAAUUAAAGACAAAAGGAAGGUGGUGAUGAAGUUUGAGAGCAGCCAACAAAGUUACAACUCAUACCUCUGGUUUAGCCAUUACCAUUAAAAACUAACUUCUCUAGCCAUAAUCUAAAUGCUAGAGGAACGCUAAUGCAUCUCCUUUGUUUUUGCAAAGGCUUUAGUCAUUUUCCUCAUUAAACAAGCUAUAGUACCAAUUAAUCAGUUAUGGAAAGAAACUUUAAUGCAAGUUUAUUUAUCAAUACACAAUGCAAAAAAAAUAGCAAAAUGCUGAGUGUGCACAUCAUCUUUAGUUAGAUUUUACAUGAUUUCAGCACAGGCAUUUGUGUGUCUGGCACAGCUGUACCAGUACACUAUGCCAGUGAGUGCAACAUUCCCUUUAAGGAAGAUGCUGAUGAACUGAACACGUUCACCAGGUAGCUUCCUUCACAGUAUUUAAUUUGUCAUAGCUUAAGAGCAACAGUGGCACAUGCAAAAAACACUUUGCAAAAAAGAGUUAUUAAACCAAAAAAAAAAACCUAAUAAAGUCAGUUACAGUUGCAAAGACAUUUGCUGCAGCCAUUGCACAAGAGAAUAAUGGCAGAGUGCUUGGUCUGUGUGAUUUACAAGACAGUUCAUGGUCAAAGGCUCAUGCAGACCCACUAACACUGUUCUUAGUGCUUGCUGGGGCUGCAAGAGAACAACAGGCAGGAGGGGCUGUAUGCAGAAUGGCCCAUAACUAGCUCUCCUGCAUUGGGUAGUAUGCACAGAAUGAAGACCAACAUGCCCUUAUUACCUAGUGAGCAAGAAUUACUGCAAAACUUCACUGGGACUGGGCUGAUUGAUUGAAGUAAAUUUGCACCAUUAAAGCAGAUGUACUGCUGCCUCAAUCAGUAGCAGAAGCUCAGAAUUUUGAGCAGCUUUUUCAAGCAUCACUUUUUCUUAGUCUUACAUCAAUGCUGUCAGGACAGACACUAUCAUUAGUAUAGAUCUUUAAUUAGAAAAAAGCCAAGAGCAUUAAGCAUUUAAAACACCUGUUCAUUAGCAACAUGAAGGCUAUGGUAUUUGUAUAAUACAGGAAGCACUUCCUGAUAAACAUGAGAUAUGAGUUGAAGAGCUCUUUUGCCAUGUUAUUUUCAGCUCUUUCACUACAAAAGUGAAGCAGAAUAGCUGUAGUAAGUUGCUGGAUUAAGAUCUCAGCUUAAAUAAUAAUAAUAAGCAGCUCAUUCAACAAAGGAAUGCUUAGACUAAACAGUUCCAUUGGAAAAUAUGGAACAGCAGCAUCCUCUAGUGCAAGUCAUCUUUAAAAUUAAAAGCCUAGCUGACAAUGAGACAUUGCUUCUAGGGAAGCCCUUUCCAAGGGAUUAGUAUUUGCUAAAGCAAACAUAUACUACCUUGAAUUUGCUUGCAAGGAUUCAAUAAAUAUUGAUAUUCAUAUUUCAUACAUUAAAAAUACUUUAUUUUACAUUCA